AACAGAGCCGGAGGCAGUCAGAUGGAGCGAUAAUGUAUUGUUGCAACAGGAACUGGCGUGAGAAUCCAGCCCUACCCUCUCGCCGGCCGGCACCCGCACUGACUGGCGUUCACAUACUGCUCCACUAUAAAGAGGCUGUGACCGACCCCGCCGGUUCUUUCAAAGCUUGGAGAUGGAGAGCGAGCAGACGGGAGAGAGGGCUGCGGCCGGUGAGGCCAACACCCUCGAGAGCAAGUUACAGCGUCUGCUGAUCAGGGCGAGCAAGCUGGAGCCGGAGGAGAUGUUGUUCCGCUACAAGGGGCUGCUCUAUCCCACCGUACUCAGUUCCGAGGACAAACUGCAGCAGUUGUCAAAGUUCGAAGCUCGCUCAGAGGAUAUGUGCAUCGUUUCCUACCCCAAGUGUGGAUUUAAUUGGGUAAAUCAGCUAUUUCACGACAUUGCUGCUGCCGUGCAGGAUAAACCUGAAGAAGGAAAGGAUGAAGGUCAACAUAAAGUCAUACUACUGGAAUUUGCAGAUCCUGUUACACAUGAGAUGAUGAAAAGUUAUUCAUCACCACGGGUUUAUGGAAUGCAUCUUCAUUACGAAAAUUUACCACCAUCUAUAAUUGAGAAGAAAACAAAGGUAUUGGUGGUGUUUCGCAAUCCCAAGGAUAACGCAGUUUCCUAUUAUCACUUCUGUCAGAAAAACCCUCUACUGCCCAACUCUGCAUCCUGGGAUGAGUUCUUCAAGAAGUACAUGGCUGGAGAAGUUGCCUGGGGCUCCUACUUCGAUUAUGCACUCAUCUGGGAAAAGUACAUUGAUGAUGAAAAUGUGAUGUUUAUCACGUAUGAAGAGCUGAAGGAGAACCUGGCAGGAGGAGUGCAGAAGAUAGCAGAGUUCCAUGGCUUCUCACUGACUGAAGAACAGAUUCACAACAUUGCUCACAAGGGCACCUUCCAGGCCAUGAGCAACAACUCUCAGGAAACCCACUCAAUACUUGGCAACGUCUUUUUCCGAAAAGGUGUGGUUGGUGACUGGAGGAACCUUUUCACUGAAGAACAAAGUCGAGAGAUGGAUGCCAAGUUUGAAGAGUGUUUAGCAGGCACAAAAUUGGGAGCAAAACUGAAAUAUGAUCUGUACUGUAAGGCAUAAAAAAGUGCAGCAAAAAUUGUGAUAAACAAGGACUAAUUUCUUUUUUAAAGAACUGAUCAUUUGGGACUGUGUGCUCAGAACUCACUGGCUUGAAGCCCACAGCUUAACAAUAUGGAAAGAACCACAAGGUCCACCAGGAAAAGGCAGCUUGGUGUUAUUGAUUCAGAGCCAAGUUGCCUGUGACUUUUCAAUUCCGUGACUAUAAUGUUAAGCAUUUUCACCCCUCAGCUCCACCACCCUCCCUACCCCCAACAUUAGCAGCCGAAGCAAUCAUUCAGACCCUUUUGUUUCUCCUUGACAGAAACAAAUCCAGCUGAAAUCUCUUGCAAUUCAUCACAAAGGCGAAUGCUGCCUGAAGUGUACUGUGAUAUCGCAGCAUCCCAGACUCUCUGCAGCUGUGACAGCAAAAAGCAUGCCCUGGACAAGGACAAUUAUAGGUCAUUGCAGCGAAAUUUGUUGUCAUCUAUAUCCAGAAAGACAAGGCAGUUGUCAUUAGCUUAGAUGCAUGGCGGAGAUUAUCUGGUGCUCCCAUGGGUCUUCGUUGAAUAGCAGAACUAAAGGAGGGAAUAAAAUUCUUUGAAUAGAGUUGCAUUUUAAUUUUUUUUUAAAUCCAACACAGCUGAGAAUGUAUCAGUGCAUCUUGAGUCAGCUUAUUGAAAAAAUAAUACAAAAAGCCACAAACACAAUGACAGUCUUGGGCAUUAUUUUAUAUCUCCUGUUGAUACUGUAAGCAUUAUUGUGGGGGUUGUGACUGCAAUUUCCAAACGUUAUUUUGCUGAUCUGUCAAAAUUUCAGAGAUUUAAAGAAAAUAAAAUGAAUCAUUUGGAA